AUUAGGCACAAGUUCUAGGUAUAGCCCUCAUAUUUCUUCCACUCCUUGUUUACCCUUACCUCAUAUUGGAUCUCUUCCAAUUUCAUUCCGACCAACAGAAAUUGAAUUCUCUAAAAAGAAUAAGAGAAGUUUUUCAUUGGAUGAAAAAUCAGAUGAACAAUCAAGACAUGAAAGACAUUUGCAUUCUUCUGCAGUUAGUAGAAGAAAAAUGUCUGUCAUUCCUACCUCUGACAAUAAUAAUUUACUCCCACCAGAUUUAUCAAUAACAGUUUCAACUCCAGAAGAAAGCAAUCGUCAACCUAAGAUUACUCUCGAAAUUCCAAAACCAAUCAUUGAACCACCAACUGAAACUGAAGACCCUUACAACUUGUCAGAAUUCAAAAUGGGAACUAAAUCUCCAAAGAAAGCUCCAGUUGCUAAUGUUCCAGAUUUUACAAAUUAUCAAUUAGGCCAAAAACCACCAAAACAAAAGAAGGUUGGUUUUAUGGGCCCCCUUGUAGAUAUUAUUGUACAUGGAGGUUUGGGACUGCCUAAUAAUCACAAAAUUCGUAGACAUUCCUAUACACCUCAACCUUCGGCUGAUUUGUUAGAAAAAUCCAAUGUCAGUCCUCCACUAAGAAAGCCAAAUGCCAACCUUCCUCAACCAACAAUAGGACUUGUUCCAAGCCCUAAAGAGAAGAGAGAUUUGAGUAAGUCAGUGGCAGAUUUUGUACUCCCUCAACCAGUAGAUAUUGAACCAUCUCCCAAACUAUUUGUAGCUACCAUCAGUAAAACAAGAAGAAUGUCUCUAAAGGACGAAACUGCAGAGAGACUCAACGACUUACUUUCAAAACAAAGAACAGACCAAUAUAAACUGUAGUAAAUACUGUAUACAC